AAUAACUCCCAAGGGCAAUGUCGGUUGUAAACUCGAUAUUUCGUGCUAAUCUUUUUAGAGGCAAAGUAGCAAUUGUGACUGGAGGUGGUACUGGAAUUGGGAAAGCAAUCACACAAGAGCUUCUUCAUUUAGGAGCGAAAGUUAUCAUUGCAUCUAGAAAUGAAGAAGUACUUUGUGCUUCUGCUGAAGCGAUGACAAUUGAUAUACCAGAUAGUGUGGUAAAGGCAGUACGAUGUAAUAUUAGAGAGGAAUCACAGGUCGAAAAUUUAAUGAAGAUAGCAUUGAAAGAAUUUGGGAGAAUAGACUAUCUUGUGAACAAUGGUGGUGGUCAGUUUGUUUGUGAUGUUGCAGACAUGAAGUCUAAAGGUUGGAAAGCAGUUAUUGACACCAACCUAAAUGGGACAUUUAACUGUUGCCAGCAAGUGUACCAACAAUGGAUGAAAGAUCAUGGUGGAAGUAUUGUCAAUAUUAUUGCUACCGUUAGGAAUGGUUUUCCCAGAUUUGCACACACGGGAGCAGCAAGAGCUGGUGUUAACAAUUUAACAAAGACUUUGGCACUUGAAUGGGCAAAGGACGGUAUAAGAAUAAAUUGUGUAGCCCCAGGCCCGAUUUAUUCUACAACAGCAGCUGCGAACUAUGAAAGAUAUAAUUUGAAGGUAUUUGAAGAAGCAAAGAAAUAUAUCCCCGCAAAACGCUGUGGUACUCCCGAAGAGGUAUCUUCUGCUGUGUGUUUUCUACUCUCCCCAGCAGCGGCAUUUAUAAACGGUAGUACGAUUGAUAUUGACGGCGCUUACGGUCUUUACGGUGUUAUGUUUGAGAUACCAGAGCAUAAGAACAGUGAACCGUUUACAUGGUCGAAAUCGCAUUUAUAAAGUCGCGUGAUGAUCUUGGCACAAUCAAAGAAAUUCAUUGGCAUUGGCAUUGCACGAGACUUCCCAAUUCUGUUUUGACGGAUUUAUUCAAUAUCAGACAGC